ACCUGGCCCGCCUGCCCUCCCCAACCAUAGCCCGCGGGGGCGCCGCCAGUCGAGGCUGCCUGCCAUGGCGAGGCGGCCCUUCGCGGCACUCGGCGUGGCCCUCCUCGCCCUUUGCUGCUUCAAGGGCGCCGCAGGGACGGAAACCGUUGUGAUUGGAACAGCAGGCGGGGACGUGACAUUGUCGUGCCAGAAUGCAUCACAGAGGGCCCUCGUGGUGGAGUGGUUUCGGGGGGACCCCGACACGACCCCCAUUCUUUUCUCCUCUGACGGCACGCUCCCAGACGACACUCGCUUCUCGCUCAUUGGGAACGCUUCUUUGCACAUCUCAGGGCUGCGUCUGCAGGAUGAAAGCAACUACACCUGCAAGGAGGUGCUGAACGAAACGGAUCAUUUGCACAGGAUCCAGUUGCUCGUGGCCAGUGGCCCUGACAGGAUCGGUUUCCAGAUCCAUCCCGCCACACCACUUCCGAAUGGCACUCUCUAUGUCAAGAAACACGACAUCCUCAACUUCACCUGCACUGCAGUCUCCCGGCCUGUACCCACAAUCAAGUGGGAUUUCUGUCCUUCCGGUUCUCCACAUGAGCUAUUCACAGAAGUUAACAGCUCCCAGAAUUCCUACAUCCUGCACAACAUGUCCCCCAGGUACCAAGGGAACUAUACCUGUUCAGCAAAGAACCCCUUCAGUGGCGUCCAAGCGACCGUGACCCAAGAACUCCUGGUCUACUAUCCUCCACCAUCCUUACCCCAGUGUUGGGUUCAGACCUCCACCGAUAACUCCAGAGGGGUGCAGUUGUUCUGCCAAUGGACUGGCGCUUACCCACACCCAACUCUCCGCUGGAGAGACAGAGAGGACCUGAGCGGCAGGGAAAUCAAUGCUACAAGUCUGGCAGACACCCUUGUGGCAACUCUGAACAGCUCGCAGCUGUUUCACGAGAAGGAGUUCACCUGCCACGGAAGCCACAUCUUACAACAGGAAGCAAAGGCAACCUGCAGAGUGCAGUUGGUGGAUCCUUCGAUCAUGUCUGACCCUGUGAGGAGCUGUUUUGUUGGGAGGGCCGUGGUUCUGACCUGCUAUUUGACAGCUGGCAAUCCACCCUCCAGAAUCACCUGGCUGCGGAACAUUUCCCAGCCAGAGACGGAGAUCCGAUCUAGUGGGAGGUUCCACGUCAGCCAAGAAGGCAACACCUCUACCCUCAUUAUCCAGAACUGCUCCCGCAAGACAGAUGAGGGUUACUACGUCUGCAAGGCGGAGAACUCCGUGGGGUUGAGAGAAAUGUACAUCCAUCUUACUGUAACUGAACCUGUUAACAUUGGUGGCAUUGUGGGAACUAUUGUGGUCAUUUUACUUCUGGGAAUUCUGGUCUUCUUUGGAGUUUUCUUGUAUGCUGGUCACCGUUUCUGCCCAAAAGGCACGCUGCUCAGGACUCGAGAUUCAAGCGACAUCCUUGUGCUGAUGGAUUCCGAGGAUGAAGAUGUUUUGACGGAAGGUGCUGGAGACCCUGCUUGGCACAAAGCGAUGGUGCGGGCAAACGGGCAUGCCACCUGGCCUACGGAAAGCUUCCAUGCAGAGAUGCCCGGUGAAAUCACUCAGGAGGAAAAAGAAACCGGACCCACAACAUAGAAGACCUCUCCAUUUCCCCCCUCUUACAUGCCAGAAGCCAAAACAGCAUCAUGGCGUGGCUGCACUUGGACCAUGGGGGAGGAGGACCGCUUUCGGCAACCACCUUGUAAUCUUCUUGUCUGUCUUCGUCCAUUUAUUGCUCGUCUUUCCCACUUGCUGUUGCUCUCUCUGGUGCUGUUUCUUUCCGCCAAAUCCCUGUGGGAAUAUUGGGAUGGAAACAAAAACCUAUCAGAGAGGAAAUGUGCCUUCAUACAGAAGACCCAAAGUCCGGUGUUCCUGAAGCGAGAUAAAGACCAUGUUUGGAACUGAGCUUCCGGAGGCCAAAGAAGCCCAGGACAGCAGGAAGAGAGGAUGGAGAGCGGAUGGAGAGCUAGAAGCCGUUCUCCAUGUGUCAGUCUUGGCACUGUUGGCUGAAGCUGAAUUAAUGUUCACGGUUCUCAGAGUUAACCUACAAGAGCUUGAGGCUUGUUCAGUUGGUCCCCAGGGUCAAAUUAUGAAUUAGCAGGACCAGUUGGAAGGACUUUCCCCCCCUUGUGGCUUCCAGCAAACCAAAAUAUGCCCACAUCGCCUCUGAUUGCGAGUAGUACGUUAAUUUCAAGAUUAACAGCUUCGUAGGCCUGUACAUAUGCCGUGCCGCUCAGGACUGAUGGGGUGGCUGAAGAAAAAUGGCGGGAGUCAAAAACAGCCCUUUCCCCUUCCUUUGUGCAAGGAACACAGGCCUUGGUUGCAGGUGAGAAGCAAGCUGCCAUCUCUAGAAUGAUGGAUGCUUGAAUGCUGUGACCAAAUUCACGUGUGCCUCUUGAGGUAAGGCAGCUUCAAAUGCACUGGCUGCCUCCGUGAGAAGCAGAAGAGCGUUUUUAAAUGAGCUUAUUCUGAUUUGUAGAUCGGUGGCUGGUCAGGGAAGGGGUUUUGUUUGUUUUAAUUAUGUUUCAGUCUUCUUGUGUUUUACAAAGCACUUAUUGUUUCAGUCUGUUUCUUUUUUAUCAGUUACAGGUGGGACAAUGUUUGCCUCUAAAGUAGCAACAACAACACCAAUACCACUAAGUUCCAGUGGUGGGAUUCAAAUAAUUUAACAACUGGUUGUUUACAAGCAUCAUUUUAACAACUGGUUCUGCCGAAGUGGUGCAAACCUGCUGAAUCCCACUGCUGCUGCUAACCUUGAAAUGCUCUUGACCGCUUCACAGCAGUGGUAUCAAUUGUUCCCUCCUAGGUGGAUUGCAUUCAGACUUCGGUGGAUUCCACAUGGCCAAAAACAGCGGUGUGAAAACUGUGUAAAUCCUUUUACACUGUUUUAAAUCCUUUUACACUGUUUUAAAUCCUUUUACCCUGUUUUAAACCCUUUCACACCAUUUUCACACCGCUUGUUUUUGGCCCAUGCGGAAUCCGCCUUUGUAACAGCAAGUUUUCUUCACUCUGUGUUCUGUGCUUUCAGAUGUUCUGUGCUUUCUACUGUCAUCCUUUUGCUUCACUUCUUUUUGGCCUGUGUUCUGUUCCUUUUCUUACAACUGUUAUCAAUUGGCCUUCCCAUAUCCGUGUCUGCCCCCCUCUCUCCACAAUAUCUCACAACCUGUUUGGAAUAGGAGUUGUGUUUUUUAUAUUUUCUAAAGUAGAACUAUUCGUGCCCUUCUGGGCAUUCUUAGCUAGAACACCACGUGGCAUCCUUGUCUAGACACAACUCAGGAAAGCAAUAGGCCAGUGGAGGCGAGCCAAUUGGCCAUGCUGGCAGGGGCUGAUGGGAAUUGUAGUCCAUAACAUCUGGAGUGCCAAAGGUUCGCCACCACGGCAAUAGGCCCUGCUUAGGCUGAGUUAGAGUUCAAACUCAGUCAAGAAGAGCUUACUUUAGAGCCAAGAAUUCCAAACUGUGAGACAGACAGAGAGAUGUGGUUAGGGGGUACAGGUCUGGGAAGACAUAUGUUCAAAUCCCUUCUUGCUAGGAAGUUUGCUGGAUGACUUGAAGCCAGUUAUCUUCUUUCAGCCUAACCUACCUCAAUGACCAGCGUGGUGUAGUGGUUAAGGGAGGUGGACUCUAACCUGGAGAAAAGGGUUUGAUUCCCCACUCCUCCACAUGAGCGGGGGACUCUUAAUGUGGUGAACUGGAUGCGUUUCUCCACUCAUACAUGUAAAGCCAGCUGGAUGAUCUUGGGCCAGUCAUGGUUCACAACCUCUCCUAGCCCCUCCUACCUCACAAGGUGUCGGUUGUGAGGAGGGGAAGGGAAAGGGUUGGAAGCCGCUUUGAGGCUCCUUGCAGUAGAGAAAAGUGGGGUAUAAAUUCAACUCUGCUUCUUCAGCUGGGACUAUGAUAUAGAGGAGGGCAGAGCCACAUAUGUUGCCCUCAGCCCCUAGGAGGCAAGGUGAGAUUAAAAUGUUGCAAAUAACUGCUAAAGGUCUGGAUAGCUUGAAAAGGGGCUUGGACAGAUUUAUGGAGGAGAAGUUGAUCUCUGGCUACCAAUCUUGAUCCGCCUUGAUCUGAGAUUGCAAAUGCCUUAGCAGAACAGGUGCUCGGGAGCAGCAGCA